GGUAGAAAUAUUACGCGUUGCGACGAUGGACGACUCCUAAGUCUUAUCUCACAGAGGAAGAGCGAUAAAAGCUCUGCUGCGAGAUCUCCGCGGCAAAGCUCCUAUACCUCACUUUCUUUCUCUGAAUUUUCGGACCUUCUUCUGAUAUUUGGAUCUCCAAUUUGUUUCAAAACCAUCAAAAUUAACACACAGCACAGAAAUGUUCGUUGCAAAUCCCACAAAUUAAUUCAUUCCUGCCUCCUGUUUUUUGUUUUUCUUUUUCAGACCGAAAUCUGUCCCACAACAUACCCAUUUAGUAUCUGUGUUGGAUAAUUUACAGAAAAAGCAGAAAAGGAUAGAGAUUUUUUGUUGUAUUAUCUGAUGGUCAUGGGGUCCGGCAAAGGAGCGACCUCAUCUUCUCAAAACAUGGACAUAUCAAUCUCAGAUCUUCAUGAGAGGCAUCAACAGGAACUAGAAAAUCUGACACUAACAACACAACCAUUCAAAACAUUAAAGUUUUUCAUUCUGGCUAUGAUUCAAUAUUGCAAACAAUCAAUAUUAUAUCUUUUGGCAAAAGGUGGCUGGUUAAUGCUUAUAAGCACUGUGGUGGCAGCCCUUGGAAUUCUACUAGUCACCAUUGAUGGCCCUCAUGAAAAGUUUUUGCAGCAUAUCGAGGAAUUUUCUCAUUAUAUUCGGUUUGGAUUAUGGUGGAUUGCUCUUGGAGUUGCAUCUUCAAUUGGUCUUGGGUCUGGUUUGCACACUUUUGUCCUUUAUCUGGGCCCUCAUAUUGCCCUGUUCACAAUAAAAGCAAUGCAGUGUGGCCGAGUUGAUCUAAAAAGUGCUGUAUAUGAUACAAUACAGCUGAAAAGAGGUCCUUCAUGGCUUGACAAAGAUUGCAGUGAAUUUGGAGACCCAGUUUUUCCAUCAUCACAUGGGUUGCGUGUCCCACUUAGCAGCAUAUUGCCACAGGUCCAAAUAGAGGCUGUUCUAUGGGGUUUGGGGACUGCACUUGGGGAGCUUCCUCCUUAUUUUAUCUCCAGAGCAGCAAGCAUAUCGGGCAACAAAUUAGAAGCCAUGGAAGAAUUUAAUGCUUCCUCAUCUGAAGAUAAUGGAAUAAUAGCUACUCACCUUAAUACAAUUAAACGUUGGCUUCUAUCACAUGCUCAACAUCUGAACUUCCUCACAAUUCUGUUACUUGCCUCGGUGCCAAAUCCUCUAUUCGACCUUGCUGGAAUUAUGUGUGGACAAUUUGGGAUUUCAUUUUGGAAGUUUUUUCUCGCAACAUUGAUUGGAAAGGCACUUGUCAAGACUCAUAUACAGACGGUUUUCAUUAUCUCUGUCUGCAAUAAUCAGCUCCUUAACUGGAUUGAGAAUGAGUUGAUCAUGAUACUCAGUCUCGUACCUGGUUUGGCUUCUAUCCUGCCUGAUCUCGUAGCCAAACUCCAUGCAAUUAAAGAAAAAUAUAUGGCACCUGUGCCACCUCUACCCUCUAAUAACAAGAUGAAAAAAUGGGAUUUCUCAUUUGCUGCUUUAUGGAACACCAUUGUGUGGCUUAUGCUCCUGAACUUUUUUUUCAAGAUUGUAACUGCAACUGCUCAGAGUUAUCUGAAAAAACAGCAAGAGAAUCAGAUAGCCGAACUGACAAAUAAUGUGUCGUCUUCAGCACAUUGAGAUUAGUAAUUCUGACCAUAGUCUCCUUGAUGAACAAGCAGCAUGAAAUUUUUAUGUUGCUUUUUAGCUUUUUUUUUUUUUCACUCUUUGUUAUAAGUAGAGUAAGAAGUAGAAGGUGACAGGUCUCUCUUAAGUCACCCGUUAAGUGACCCCUAAAAUAUCAUUACUACAUCAGAAAAAUCCAUGUUAGAA